AUGGCUUCCUCGGCCCCGACGACCGUCCGCGUCGGAACUCGCAGUUCGAAGCUGGCCGUGCGCCAGGCCGAGACUGUUGUUGCUGCCCUCGAGGCCGCCAAUCCGGGCGUCAACUUUGUCAUUGACGCUCGCGAGACCGCCGGCGACCGCGACAAGGUCACCCCGCUGCCCAACCUGGGCAAGGGCCUGUGGACCUCCGAGUUCGAGGCCCGCCUUGUGGCCGGCGACCUGGACCUCGUCGUCCACUGUGCCAAGGACAUGCCGACUGCCUUGCCCGCCGGCUGCAUCCUCGGCGCCAUUCUGGACCGUGAGGACCCCCGCGACGCCGUUAUCUUCCCCGUCGGCAGCCAGUAUACCGAAAUUGGCCAGCUGCCCGCGGGCAGCGUUGUCGGCACCAGCAGCGUGCGCCGGUCUGCCCAGCUCAAGCGCCGCUACCCCGGCCUUUCCUUCCUGGACCUGCGCGGCAACAUCGACACCCGCCUGCGCAAGCUCGACGACUCUGUCAACCCGAACCGCCCCGCCGACGCCCCCCGCUACGACUGCAUCAUCCUGGCCGCCGCCGGCCUCAAGCGCAUGAAGUUUGACGGCCGCAUCUCCCAGUACCUCCAGGACUCGACCUCGGGCACUCUGUACGCCGUCGGCCAGGGUGCGCUCGCCCUGGAGAUCCGCGAGGGCGAUGCGCAGACGCAGAAGCUGCUCGACCCCAUCCUGCACAAGCCGACGACGCUCGAGUGCACGGCAGAGCGCGCCGUGAUGCGCGCGCUCGAGGGCGGCUGCAGCGUGCCGAUCGGCGUCGAGUGCCAGUGGAGCGGCGACGACAAGAGCGACCUGGAGCUCAAGGCGACCGUGGUCAGCCUGGACGGCCGGCAGGCGGUGAACUCGGCGGCCAAGCGGCGCGUGGCCACGGUCGAGGAGGCAGAUGCGCUGGGCCUGCAUGUGGCGAGCACCAUGGUCCAGAUGGGCGCACAGGCCAUCCUCGACGAGAUCAACAAGAACCGGGUGCCGCCCCCGGCGGUUGUGCCGGCGCCGACGGCGUAG